AUGGAGCCUGUGCCCCAGUCUUACGAGAAUGACUGGGAGCGUUUCAAUGCCAAAUCAUGGGAACUGCCCAACUACGGCCCCGGUCCAGACUUUGACCGGGGGACCAUCUACCGCCAGGACUCUGACGACUGGGCGGGAUAUAAAGGUCCUGAUUAUCAUGUCGAGGAUGAUUUGGAGGAUGUGAAUUAUGAUUCCCCUGCUGUUGACUAUCCGCCGCAACCCACAACUACAAAGGGGCCCGUAACUGAGCAGGUCAUUCUCAGGCACAAGAAGGGCCAAUACUCAAUGAGCAUGAGCCCCAAACGAGCAGUUCCCAAAUGUUCGCCCGACAGCCACAUCACCCGGCACUUGAUCUCAAAUUGGGCCAACAUCCCCCUGUCAGAGGGGGCCAUUCUGGCCGAUCGCGAUCACGGGGUCAGCCCAAAAAAGGCAGUAAUAAUUCAAGUCCUUCGCAACACAGACCUAAUUAUCUAUCUAUCGCACCAGGGCAAAAUGACUCUUAUUCCAAGGCAAAGUGGCGCAAGGGCUUUUCUCCAGAUGCUUCUUAUCGUUUGCCUUACGAGUGUCAAGUAUUUCAAGCAAAGUGAGCAAGUGACUUCCGGAGAAACUUCCAGCAUCGACUUCCGCCAAACAAUUAUCGAGGCUACUGGUGCCUAUGUGAGGAUAAGUGCAGGAAAUGCCAAACUGGUGCACAUCUGGGGCCAGCGAAAUCAGGUUUUGGCGGCCCAGAACAUGCUUCAGGGUAUGUUGAAUCGGUUAAUGCAGCAGUUCGCUUUGCCUAAAGCAUCACGCUGGGCCAAGAUACAUGCGCACUCAAAUACGAAGGUUGCCCAUGCCCGGUCGCAGGAAUACCACGACGAAAGAUUAUCCGAGAUGCGAAAGCCACCUAGAAUUGUCGCGGAUUAUACUCUUGCGUUCCUUUGGCCUUCGGAUGGCCCCUCACUAAGCUACUUUAUUACUGCCCAACGCGAGCUCCUCGAUUUCAUUCGCUUGAAAUAUGACGCGAAAAUCUACAUCAAGCCUGGUAUUCCAGACUGCCUUUUCAUGUCUGGGAGUGAUGAGCGGGACAUGUACAUCAUUGCAGCUCGAUUCCGGGAGCUGUGGGAAAGGCUAAUGGUCCAGCACGAGACGGAAAUCAGGCUGUUCCUUGUUGCGGCACCCCGGACAGAGCUUAUGAGAACCCACGUCAUCCUACAAAAGUUUGGUCAGCUCUCAAGACCUGCUCUCUGCGGACCACAAUUGGCCCCAGACGUAGCGGCAACCUGGAUGACCACUGCGGAAGAGAUCAAGGCUAAGAAUAGGAGCAUUGUUACCACCGGCCUUAGGGAAGCACUGAAUGUGAUUCCUCAAUUUCGAGGAUUCCUGCAAAUGCGAGCAAAGUUCGGUUCGUUCGCGCUACAACAGUGGCGCAGGCCGAAAGAUGGCAUUUCGUAUGAGUUCUCAGAGUUUCACGAGAUGCUUACCCAUACAAACACUGAAGGGCGUUUGGUUCCGGGAAUCCGAUUGCAGCAAGAUGAGAUCUUCGAUCGAAUCAUGAAAUCAGACUUUCUUAAGCCCUGGGGAAACGCCAAAACUAAAUCUCUCUUGAGCCUGAUGCCUAGAUAUUCCGCCAACUUUGAGUAUCAGGUGAACAAUGAUUUGGUGAUCCACGUCGAAGCAAAAUUUUCGCUUCCUCUUGGCUCCCAGGAGUUUGAAGUCAACGGAAUCCGCUGUUUCAGAUCAAAACAGAUUGGUGCUCCUGUUGAUCAUCAGACGCCAAUCCAGAUCAGCAUGAUUGACUUUGAAAGGUCCGACUGGCAACUCGAGGUGAAGGCUUUUGAACUCUGCCCUGAAAGGGAGAUGCCCCCCGAGCUAGAUAAAUUCAUGCGUUCAAUAAGUUUCCAAUGGAACCCAAAUGCAAAGAGCAUUGGAUGUGCCCCUCAGCGCAAGGCGAGGUUCUCCUAUGGUUUGCCAGUGAAGAGAUUUGUUGAAAAGGCCUCAAUUCAGCUCCAAGUCAAAAGUUCACCGCAUGUAUUCGAGCUCGCCCGAUUCGACGAGUACAUUUACGCGGCUGGUCACUGGCCGAUUACCCCGAAAGUCUCCUGGGGUGCAUGGCUGUUCAAUCCUAUUUGGGAUGAUAUACUGUGUGAACAGGCUGAUCUGGAAAUUUCUAAAGAUGGGUGUCUGUCGGUGUUUUUUCCCCCACUGGGGGAUGAUCAGGAGCAGAAGGACAGACAGAAACCGGUCGAUGAGAUCCGCAAGAAUGCCGAAAUCCGAAAGAUAGACGAGGAGAAGCAGCUGGGUGCUUUCAUGAGCGUUGUCCAGCAGACUGCGCGGAUGCUGGCGAAUUCAGACACUGAAAUGCCUGAGGUCCUCGAGAUCGAUCUUGGAAGUCUGUUCUAG